AUGCCACCAACGCAGGGUGCAUUGAUAUUUGGAACAAUCUUUAUUAUAAGCGGCAUAUUCGCAAUGGUAUUUAAUGCAACUAUAAUAAUGGCAUUGUGUCGUAUGAGGCGAAGCAUUUUGUCACGCAUUUUUUACAUACUUAUUUUGAACUUUGCCCUCAUAGACUUGCUUAAAAGCAUAUGCUUAAUUGUAUGGGCGUUAAAAAUGCUCCCCACGAGCAUCAGCUCAUCAAUGUAUUUCAUGAAAGCUGAUCAAUUAGCACUAAUGAUUUUACGUUUCUCAAACUUAGCAACAAUAUUGAACUUGUUGAUGAUCACAUUAAACGAGUAUGCUUAUAUUGUUUAUCCUUUUCACUAUCGACAGUUUGUCACAAACGCGAGAACAAUAAUAUUAAUAAUAGCUUGUUGGCUAAUAGCCUGGGGAUUCACGUUAUCAAUAUUGCUCAUUAGGUCACGGAAGCAGUCUAUUUACAUCAAGCCUGAUUGCUUAGUACAGCAAAAACAAUUUGCAUGUUUUGUACGUACUGGACAAACAUCGACUGAAAUGGAAUAUGUGUACAACAUUGUCAUUAUUGUAUUUUGUUUUGUAUGUCUUGUUAUUGCUAUUGUGUGUUACAGUGCACUGAUCAGAGUGAUUUCAAAAAUCAUUCGAACUGACACUUCGCUUUUGCAUUUAGAAGAGUUGAAUAGAACAAAAAGGCAGUUAUUAAGAAGAAACAAAUAUGUAAUUGUCAUUGGUAGUGUUUUGUCAAUUUAUAUUGUCUAUCUAAUCUCUUAUUCAGCCAUCAAAUUUCUAUUCGUCAGUCGGCUUAAAAGGUAUAUUAUAUAG